GCGUGUGUGCGCGAGCAUGUUUGAGGUUGGGAAUAAUGUUCCGAUCUAGUUGCUCUUCUGCAGCUGUAGAGGAAAAGCCUUCUGAAGCCUGACGAUGCACAGCUGACUGACUUUGAUAAGGAUUUUAUUGCAUCGAGCCAUAAACAUCAUUUUCUCUUCAUGUUUUUUUUUCUUCCCAUCCUGCAUGGCUUUGCAUCACAGCUUUUUUCGCUUCGUUUUGCUAUUUUGUUUUUGCUUCACCUCACCUUGCAGGUCUCUGCCACUGUAUGUCUGUCUCUGACAUCAGACACCUGCUCUGAACUGGUCAACUACCGCAGGCUCUGAGCAGUGGAAAGAAAUAAGGAUGUUAGGUUCCACUUCUCCCUGGGAUUUCUCCGCUCACGCUCUUCAUCGUACUGUCUUCAUUUGUUCUCUUUGAAAUUCUAAUUUUCUUUGUCAGUUCAUCUUUUCUCCUUUUUUCAUUUCCGUAUCCUUAUUCACCAGUCUUUGCUCUCCUUUUUCUCUCCUACGUCGGUCAGGCUCAUCUGCCUCUACCUCUUGCUCGCGAUGCUCCAUUUUUCUGUGUCCCUCUUUGCCCUACAUUUUUGUCUUUCUUCACUGAUGCUAGUUUCUUAUUUUUCCUCAACCAUCUUGUGAUAUCCUUUAGAUAACACUUUGGAUUUACUGAACAGAACCCCCACUACCUUACUUGGAAAAUGUUACUUUAAUAAUAUUACAUGAAGUCUGGACAGCGAGGGGCUGUCCAUCGGUGUUAUUUUGUAACCUGCGACUUGAGAUUCAAGGCUGCAGGGAAGCUAAAUUUCACAUCAAGAAUCGAUUAAUUGGACCAGCAGCUUUUAAGAAGACCUGAAUUUGAUAUAUUGUGGGAAUUUAGUGGACCGCAAGAUAGCCUGAUGGGAAAUCAUCCCUCAACCACAGAAGUCAAUCUUGAAUGUCUUGUUAAUGUUUUGUGAAGCUUACACCGUUAUGAAGUGUCCUUGAGCAACCUACUGAAUCCUUGUUUGCCAUUGGGGCUCAAUCUCCCUGAAGUGAAGGAGCAAAGAAAGACCUGCCUUACAGGGUUCAAUGCAUAUCACAUUGCAGAAUGGGGAAGAUAUUUAGCUUGGAUAAAGGUCAUGACAUAGACUUGGAUGGAUCGAUUACUUAAACCAGGACUCCAAGCUACUUUCACAAGUCAUGAAGUAGCCUAAUAUGAUGUUUCAGCAGGAUGCAGAAGAGGAAGUCAUGUUCUUGUGAUCAGUAGCUCACAUUCCUGCAACGGAUACGGCCAUUGCUGCUUUAGUGUCUUUCUGUUGGAAAAGAAAAAACAAACGCCAGUCUGUUGUUCAGGCCAACUUUGAUUUGGAAUAAUUCUGCAUGCUGGACCGCUGUGAGAAGCUGAGUCAGACCUUUUAUUGCGGUGCUGCAUAAAGGUGAAAACAUUCUGAGCAUCUUUAUCAGCUGGAUUUCGACCAUUACCACGUGGAGUCGCUACUAAAGCAUCGAGAAGAUAUGGAUGUUUUUUUCUCAUUCUGCAGUGUGGAUACUUACUGUGUCAUCACAUUUUACAUUGUGAAGGAUAUUUGAAAUCCUCUGUUUCCUCCUGCCGUGCUCCCAGCUUUACAGGAGAUACUUACAAGCCUGGGAGCUUCCCCUGGCUGUUUUGUGGCUAUUUGUCACACCUGUACACAGUGCCAGGUCAGGUAUCAACCCAGCAAGUAACACUUUCUGUUUUUUUUCGGGAACAUUUUUGGAUAUCCCAAUUUGUAAAUCACCAGUGCAUUCAUAGUAAUAUAUCGGGGAUUUCCGACAAUCCAGUUCAGGAGCCAGUCUUGGCCUCUAUGCUGUUUUUGGGGUCCCGGGUUUUUUGUCUGGACCCCGUGGCCAGACUUGGAACUGACCCUGUACCAAAAAAAUGGAAAACAGCGGCUGCAUCCCCCUCUGCUGGAGUAAGGGGGCUUGCAUCUAUGCACAGCACCCCCUACCAAAAUAUGAUGGCCAGUUAGCCCCAGCAGAAACAUUUGAGUCAAGCAUGGCUUCGUCUUCCUACUUGGAACCCAACCUCAAUCACUCGGCAGUAGGUGGUUGUGCGGUCAAAUCCCGGUCCGGGAUGCCUGGUGUUGGCACCAGCAGCUCUGCUGGAGGCCUUGAGCGACCCCCAGGCUCCAUGGACCGGGUUCUCAAGAUCUUCCAUUACUUUGAGACAAAUAGUGAACCAUGUACCUGGGCUAGCAAUAUCAGGCACGGAGAUGCGACAGAUGUCAGGGGUGUUAUCCAGAAGAUUGCAGAGAUCCACAAACUGCGCUGCGUUUCCUCUCUUGGCCUCCGUCUGACCCAUCUGCACUCUGAUGCUCUCCAUUGGUUACACCCUGAUUUGGGCGUGUCUCAUGUCAGGGAGAAAUAUGAGAAACAGCACCCUCAGGAGGAGUGGAGGUAUGAGUUGCGGAUACGGUACCUUCCCAAAGGUUAUCUCAGCCAUUUCUCUGAGGACAAACCUUCUCUCAACUACCUCUAUCACCAGGUGAAGAGUGAUUACAUGCAACAUAUAGCUGAUCAGGUGGAUCAAGACGUUGCUUUGAAACUAGGAUGUUUGGAAAUUAGGAGGUUCUUCAGGGAGAUGCCAGGCAAUGCUCUCGAUAAGAAAUCAAACUAUGAAUUACUAGAGAAAGAUGUUGGUUUAAGAAGGUUCUUUCCCAAGACCCUGAUGGACUCGCUGAAGGCAAAGACUCUGCGUAAGCAGAUCCAACAGACUUUUAAGCAGUUUGCCAACUUCAAUGAUGAGCAGAGCAUCCACAAGUUCUUUGAGAUACUCAGUCCCAUCUACCGAUUCGACAAGGAGUGCUUCAAAUGUGCUUUAGGGUCUAGUUGGGUAAUAUCAGUCGAGUUGGCUAUCGGGCCAGAGGAAGGAAUCAGCUACCUCACAGAUAAGGGCUCAAUGCCUACACACUUAGCUAACUUCAACCAGGUUCAGUCCAUCCAGUAUUCACCUAUGGAAGAGAAGGACAGGAAAGGUAUGCUGCAGCUCAACGUAGCAGGAGCCCCUGAGCCUCUCACAGUCACCACGGCAUCACUGACUACAGCAGAAAACAUGGCUGACUUGAUUGACGGAUACUGUCGGCUUGUCUCCUCAGCUACUCACUCUUUCAUUGUCAGAGUCCACAAAGAGGGGGACAGAGCUCUGCCUUCUUUACCCAAAGUUUCAAAUCAUGAGAAGCGGAUGGAAAAACGAAUGGAGGGAGUACGGACCAGAGCUGUUUGCGUCUCAGGUCACACUAGUGGCGAUGAAACGGACGACUAUGCUGAGAUCAUAGAUGAGGAGGACACCUACACCAUGCCUUCAAAAUACUAUGGACUAGAUCAAGCACAGGACUAUGAGAUUCAGCGGGAUCGUAUCGAACUAGGACGCUGCAUUGGAGAGGGUCAGUUUGGAGAUGUCCACCAAGGAGUCUAUAUCAGCCCAGAGAACCCAGCUCUUUCUGUGGCAGUGAAGACAUGUAAGAACUCAACGUCAGACAGUGUUAGGGAAAAGUUUCUACAGGAGGCAUUGACCAUGCGUCAGUUUGACCAUCCUCACAUUGUAAAGCUGAUGGGAGUUAUCACAGAAAAUCCAGUCUGGAUCAUCAUGGAGCUCUGCACACUUGGAGAGUUACGAUCAUUUCUCCAGGUGAGGAAGUACAGUCUAGACCUGGCCACUUUAAUCCUGUACUCCUACCAGCUCAGCACUGCACUGGCCUAUCUAGAGAGCAAACGCUUUGUCCACAGGGACAUUGCAGCGAGGAACGUGUUGGUGUCUACAGUCGAUUGUGUUAAACUUGGAGAUUUUGGACUUUCGCGAUACAUGGAAGAUAGCUCGUAUUAUAAAGCAUCUAAAGGUAAACUGCCUAUUAAAUGGAUGGCUCCAGAGUCCAUCAACUUCAGACGAUUCACUACAGCUAGUGACGUCUGGAUGUUUGGUGUCUGUAUGUGGGAGAUUCUAAUGUACGGCAUAAAGCCUUUCCAGGGUGUGAAGAACAAUGACGUCAUUGGCAGGAUAGAGAACGGCGAGCGACUGGCAAUGCCCCCUCAGUGCCCUCCUACUCUGUACAGCUUAAUGACCAAGUGCUGGUCUUAUGAUCCCAGCAAAAGGCCGCGCUUCAAUGAACUCAAAACACAACUGAGCACUAUAUUAGAGGAGGAGAAGCUCCAGCAGAAGGAGAGGAAUAGGAUGGAGAUGCGGAGACAAGUCACUGUUUCUUGGGACUCGGGAGGGUCUGAUGAAGCACCACCAAAGCCCAGUCGUUGUCCCUCCCUGCAGCCGACCUUCAGUCUGGAUUGUCUUUCUGCUCCCUCUCCUGAGUACCAUUGCCAUCAAAAACAACGCUUUGCCUCCCAGCUUUCCCUUUGCCAUGGAAACCCUCAUCCUCCAUCUCCCUGUACCUCCUCUCACCUUCCCGCUCCUCCACUUUACUCAUCGUCCAUGCAGUUUCCCUAUCACUUAUCCUCUUCUCACAAUCCUCAGCCUCUCUCCGUUCCUCUUCAAAACACCACUUACUGCAAUCGCUCAUUCUCUCCACACCACACUAGGUUCAACUCUGAAUCCAAAACUUGUCAAAGCUUGUUCCCACAGUUUCAAACAAACCUCUUUUCGCCUCCUCUCACUAACUUAGACAGCAUGUCCAAUUGCAGCGGCCCCAACAAGAUAAACCCCUCUACUAACGGCCACCUGCUCCGUUCAGCUCAGCCAAUGUCAAACAUCUCCCACUCCCUUCCCAGGAACUUCUCCCCAGUCCUUUCACUAUUUAGUCCGAACCUUAACCCACUGCCCAGCAGGACGUCAGAUGUUUGUCCUCUCACCCUCCAAAAAAAACAGUCCAUGUCAAAUUCUAAUUUCAAUGUCCCACCAUUGCCCAGCUUUCACUCCGGUUGCCAAACUAAUCCCAGUGCCCUACUUCAGCCUGACUCCGACCCUCAGACCCAGAACCCUGUGGUGCAGUCAUGUGUGAGACCACCACUGGUCUCACACACUGGUGCUCCCCUCACUCACUACACUCGACCCUCCGCUAACCCUCAUCUACCAACCAGUAGAUUACAAAGCUCCCCUGUAACCACCCACACGCCGUGCUCUGAAAGACCCAUGUCCAUACCUUUAAAGCCGAGCAGACCAGGUUAUCCCAGUCCUCGCUCAAGUGAAGGUUUUUAUCCCAGUCCUCAGCACCCCGGACACUACCAGAUGGCAGGGUACCCCGGCCCUCACACUCUUCCCUCUGUGCCCAGCGCCCUGUAUCCUCCUCAGGCAGCAAUGCUGGACACACACCAUGCACACACACACCCCCGCCACCACGUCCACACACACUCACACGCACAACUCCUUCCCCAGCCUCAUGGGCAGGACAUGGCACUCUGGGCCUCUGCAAUGGAGGACAGGGCAGUAGACAUGCAGCAGUGUGUAGGCCAGCAGUGCCUGUUAAUGGAGGAACAGCUGAUGAUACAACAACAGCAGAUGGAGGAGGAUCAGAGGUGGCUGGAACAGGAGGAAAUGCUGCUGAAACCAGACACCAGAAGUUCUAGAGGGAGUCUAGACAGAGAUGAUGGUGGACUUCAACCUCCGACGGGAAACCAGCACAUAUACCAGCCCGUUGGCAAACAAGGUCAAAUCUCCAUCAGCCAUGAAAACAUCCAGAAAGUUUUUAGCAUCUUUAGCGGGCAGGAUUACUUUUCCCCCUCAGCUGUGUGCGACAGUGUGUCAAACUUCUCACACCUACAAACAGAGCAUGUGGCCCCACCAAAGAAACCUCCUCGACCCGGGGCCCAGAGCCAAGUGUCUGCCUGUCUAAAUACGGGAGACAGUUACAAUGAUGGAGUCAAGCUGCAGCCCCAAGAGAUAAGUCCGCCCCCCACCGCCAAUCUGGACCGCUCUAACGACAAGGUGUAUGAGAACGUGACGGGAUUGGUCAAAGCUGUGAUCGAGAUGUCGAGCAAGAUUCAGCCUGCUCCGCCUGAAGAAUAUGUUCCCAUGGUCAAGGACGUGGGUCUGGCACUGAGGACAUUAUUGGCCACAGUGGAUGAGACAUUACCACAACUUCCAGCCUGUACACACAGAGAGAUUGAGAUGGCACAGAAGCUGUUGAACUCUGACUUGGCAGAGCUGAUUGGGAAGAUGAAGUUAGCCCAGCAGUAUGUGAUGACCAGUCUCCAGCAAGACUAUAAGAAACAGAUGCUGACGGCGGCUCAUGCUCUAGCAGUCGAUGCCAAGAACCUGCUGGAUGUUAUCGACCAAUCCCGGCUUAAGAUGAUGGCCCAGUCCCGCCCACACUAGCCCAGCUGAUCUGACCAACAGGAGCUGGUCGGCUGUUUUAGCGAUGGCACGGUUCCCGUUUUCUGUUGGCAGCGGAGAAUGAAAGACUCCUGGAUUAGUGACGUCAGCCAUGACUCCUGACAUUUGAGAGCUGAAGGAGAAAAACAGUGGCUCUGCUCAUCACACGUUGAAAUCCUGCAUAAGCCGAAGUAGUGCGCUCAUCUGGAAUUAAAACUCUCCACCACUGUGACUUUCUCAGAACAAGGACAGAGCAGAAACUCUUCCUGAAUCAGGGAUUUGGCAGCUUCACUCUCUCUGGACAGGAAUAUAAAGGUGAGAGGAAUAGACUGGUGAUUCCUGAGGUCUGACAACAGAAGCACCAACAUGGGCGUUUGGGUCUGGAUUUGCUGAUAUCAGAGAGGUGACAACUUUUGAGCCAUCAAAACGUGAUCGGAUUGCCUUUGAUUUGCAGUAAAUCUGCAUGAAACUUCACAGCGGGAUGGACUCCGACAUCAGCCAGCAGCAGCAGCAGCAGCAGCAGCAGCCAUGUCACCCCUUGUGUUGACAUCAUGUGUUUUGACCCUUGGACGUGAACGUCCUCCUCCGUUGAAAUACCUCCACAUCACCAUGGAAGCUCUAACCAGAUGUCUUCUGUUCAGCUUUGGUUGUACACGGUGCUUUAGGUCGACGCUCCUUCAAGAAAACUGACAGAAAGACAGUGUCCUUUGAGUCUGGAGAGGCAGGUUCACACCCCUCAGUUAGUUUCCUCUCCUCCAUCCAUUCCUGUCUUCCCUCUGUGUCUCACUAACUUGUAUUUAUAGACUCAGAAAUUGCCGAGGAGGAGACGGUGAAGUAGGAAGAGCAAGUUAAAGAGUGAGGACAGCGCAGCACCCCGGGAAAGAAAGAAGCCACUAUCCUCCUCUUUCCUCUUUAUUUCAAUCACUUGUCAUUUACACCUCUCCUCUCCUCUCUUCUACUCUCUGCAGUCUUCCUCAGUACCUCUUGCCUGAGCAGUUUUGAAAAGGCUCCAAAUGUGAAGAAUCCACGUCUGCUCUGCGGAAAAACACCACAGACCAGAAACUCCCUACUCACAUUCAGAUUUAGUCUGCUCUUCUUUUUUUUUAUCAGCUGCUGUUUUCAGCCGUCACAGUCUUCUUACUUGACACAUGGUUUCAUCGACACGGAAUACAAGCAGGAUUCAGUCCGAGACGUCAUGUCACACCUUUAACUGCCUCUUAUCCACCGGUGUCACAAGUGUGAGUUUCCCCAGUGACACAGACAACACCUCACAACUGGAACCCUUUGUGCCACAAGUCCCAAUCAGGUAUAACACUAAAUUAAAAUAAUAAUAAAAAAAAUAUGUCCCUCCCUAACAACGGUCCCCAGGGAAACAAACACACAUGAAAUGUGCAGCCACACGACUGGAACCUGUCUUGCAGACACAAAACAGCGAACUGAAUAUUCAGCAGUUCACACGUCUUUGUUAAUAUUGACCUUACGUGGAAUAUGACAUACUGCUAUAUGAAAUGUACUGGUGAGUGUACACGUAUAGCAUGAUAUACUGGUAUGGAGAAGAGCAUAUUUGCACAGCUAACAGCAUUUUCUUUCCGUUACCCUACUUUAUGCCCACGUUUGAUUUCCUUGCUUUACCGGCAAUUAAAAGGGUCCAAAUCUGGGUGUUAUGGGGUGAAAAUGUUACUAAAUUAAAUCAGAAGUUUAAAAAUGAAAUGCCACACACAAUCUAUUUUAUGUUGUUGUGUAAAUUUGCUCAUGUUGGUAUAUUGUAAGCUAUACUGGCGUGUAUCACUGGUGAAUUGUACAGAACUCCUACUAGUAAACACUGGUUUUUAUUUUGUCUGCUGGGAUAAACCACCAUCGCGUUAAAUAGGAGCAAAACACAGUGAAAUAAAAAAUAAUUAUGAAAUGAAAA